AACUGUCCAAUCAGCGAUGAGCAGAAGGAGGCGACCCGGUUCUUUCAAAGCCGUUUGUCCAGUGCGCAUUUGGUCUUGCUGUUUGGGAACUAACCGCUCUUAUUUCCAUGUAAACGUGCUGGAAGAUAAGCUGUUCAGAAAAUAUGGACGAAGAUGCUCCCAUCAACGUUGAGAGCAGAAAAGAACUGCGCAAGAAGAAGUUCAUGGAAUACUUGAAGAAUAAAUCAAAGCACAACUCAAUACUAAACGUCGAUGAGCGUGCAGGGAAGAAGCCAGAGACUACAAAAUUGACAUCUGCAUUACAGCUCAUCAGGGGCAAAGAAAAUAAAGCUCCUGCCACUAGUUUCCGUCAUGAAGCCAAAAAAGUCCAACCCUCGGGUCUUACCGACAACCAAAAGCCCCCCAGAAAGCCAUUUGUCUUUCGGAACAAAGAGAACGUACUGACUGAACGCAGUCGGCCUACACAGUCGACAGUCUGUAAAAAGCCAACAGUCAGAGGAACAUACACUGUUCCCACUCUGAAGGCAAGCACUUUUCCCCCAAAAGCGCCAAAAGUCAGGAUACAGCCCACAGGAAAAGUAUCUUCCAAUCUUUCAAUGGCCAAAAACCCAAGCACUACUAGGCCAAAACCCACCGUUUCUUCUCUUCUAAAGACUUAUACCUCCCGGCUGAGUCUAGGACCCAUGGUGAAGACCAGGACAGGGCUCGUCCCUGCCUUAAUUCAUCCUCGGGUCCCGAGAUCUCUCCCCGCGGCGGACGCCAAACUUGUUCCAUCGAGUUCUGCUGUGACGUCCUCCAAGGCUCUGGUGAAGAAAAAGCCUCUUCACCAGAGACAAGUUGUCCCUCGAGAGCUCAAGUCCACCCUUGGUGAACAACCGCCUUGUAAAAGCAGAGCCAAAUCAACGGCGGUGCCCUCGUCGCACGCACGACCUUUCGCCAGGCUCCCCGACAAAACGACCAAUCAGCCUGCCAAGCGCCCGUGUCAACCUCAAGGAAGGCCGACGACUCAGAAAUCAGGAGUAGUCGGACGCACGUCUCAAGCGGCGGCGAGCAGGAAACCUACGGUGGCCAAACCUAAGCUGGCUGACGUGGCUCCGAAAGGAAAGAGCGCCCCGACGGCAAAGCGGACGGAACCGUGCGCCACUGUUGUAAACCAAUCCAAAUUGGAGAGCAAAGCGACAAAGUCUCAAACAGUGGGGAGGAACAUGGCCGCUGAGCAAGCAGAGAGAAUGAAGAAACUGCAGGAAUGGCGGGAAGCCAAAGGCAUUUCUUACAAGCGCCCUCCCAUGCAGACCAAGCCCUCCGUUGGACGUGUCCUCUCGCGACCCCACUCAAGCACCCUGAAGGCUCAAGAGGACGCUGGCUUGUUCAUCCGUGACGUGGACAGGUCACUGUCUGACUGCAUGAAGCUGCUCACUGAGGGUUGUCCGGCGCAGGUGAAAGAGGUCCUCUCACGGCUGCCGCCAGUGUCCCGGAAGUUUGCCCGAUUCUGGAUCUGUAAGGCCCGCCUGAUGGAGCAAGAGGGUGACCUGGAUGUCCUUCCCAUGUAUGAGGAAGCUGUUCGUAUCGUGUUGGAGCCCGUGGACGAGCUGCGCGUGGUGGUGUUUGACAUUCUGAAGAAGAAGGAGACCAAAGCCAGCGAGGGAGAUGACACGGAAGCAGACGGCACUCCGAGCAAAGGCCGACAGAUAGAGAAUGGCCAAGACCCGACGGUGACACCCCCUGUGCGGGUUCUCCUCUCUGGGGAGGCGGGGGCCUCAUCCACGGUCAAGUACAAGAUCACUGACACUCCCGGGCCCCCGUCUAGGCAACAACGGGAGCCGAGACAGGCGGACGGCCACGAGGUGCGCUUCUUCACACCUGUGCGCCGCUCCAUACGCAUCGAGGGCGGGUCGCGGUGCUACCCGGCCUCCCUGCAGGAGCACGACCAAUGCGUGGCGUCCUUCGCCGAGUUGCUCGCCACCGAGGAGGAAGAGGAGGCCCGGGGCGACACCCUCUUUGUCUACAGGGAGAACGAGGCGCUCAAAGAUAGAAUGCAUGUCCGGCUGGUGAGUGAUUAGCAGUUAUGAUUGACGUUGCUUUUCAUUGCUGUUCCAAUGUACAGUUUGUCGUCUUUCCCCAUCUCCCAUCCCAUUCAAAUUGAAUUCUUGCUGAUCUUUUUCACAUUUGCCCUGAAUUUCUCCGAAUUGUACAUUCAAGUGAGACGUUGAACAGAAAAUGUUCUUCAUUCUGUCAUUCUGGACAUCUCGGGACACGUGUUCCGGAAAUGUCCACCUUUUGCAUGAUCCCUGACAGCGUCCCCAAACGAAUGCCGAUAUUUUACGUCGACAUGUCCCGUUUGAGAAUUCUCAAAUGAUUUGAACCAUUUUACUUCACUUCUUCUACUUCAAACCGUUCAGCUCAUUCAGGACUUUUUGAAGAACUUUGUGUUUUGUACAUUGCGUUAAGUGCCUGGAAUGGAUUUUGUUUUCCUUUAAUAAUGUGCUAUCGCACUAUUUUCAUUGACUAUUUGUAUAGUCUAUAGUUGAAUGUGACAAAAUGUUCGAUUUUUAAUGAAGAAUGAAAAACUAGAAAAGCUUAAUGUUACAAGGUGUCACACAUUUUCAAUAAAAUGAAACCAGUUAAGUCCA